GGUGGCCUGUACGGCAUCGACAGCAUGCCUGACCUACGGCAGAAGAAGCCGCUUCCGCUCGUCAGUGACCUGUCGCUGGUGCAGUCGCGGAAGGCGGGCAUCACUUCGGCCAUGUCCACCCGGACGUCUCUCAAGGAUGAAGAGCUGAAAUCCCACGUGUACAAGAAGACCCUCCAAGCCUUAAUCUACCCCAUCUCCUGCACCACACCCCAUAAGUUUGAGGUGUGGACCGCCACAACCCCCACCUACUGCUACGAGUGCGAGGGGCUCCUGUGGGGCAUCGCACGCCAAGGGAUGCGCUGUACGGAAUGUGGGGUCAAGUGCCACGAAAAGUGCCAAGACCUGCUCAAUGCCGACUGCCUGCAGAGAGCCGCCGAAAAGUGCUCCAAGCACGGUGCCGAGGAUCGGACCCAGAACAUCAUCAUGGCGAUGAAGGACCGUAUGAAGAUCCGGGAGCGGAACAAGCCGGAGAUCUUUGACCUGAUCCGGGACGUCUUCGGGGAGAACAAGGUGACCCACGGGCAGCAGAUCAAGGCGGUGAAGCAGAGCGUCCUGGAUGGGACCUCCAAGUGGUCAGCCAAAAUCACCAUCACAGUGGUUUGUGCCCAAGGCCUGCAAGCCAAAGACAAGACCGGCUCCAGCGACCCCUAUGUGACCGUCCAGGUGGGCAAAACAAAGAAGAGGACCAAGACCAUUUUUGGGAAUCUGAACCCCAUUUGGGAGGAGAAGUUCCAUUUCGAGUGCCAUAACUCCUCUGACCGGAUCAAAGUGCGGGUCUGGGAUGAAGACGAUGACAUCAAGUCCCGGGUCAAGCAGCGGCUCAAGCGGGAGUCAGAUGACUUUUUGGGGCAGACCAUCAUUGAAGUCCGGACCCUGAGCGGAGAGAUGGACGUCUGGUACAACCUGGAAAAAAGGACGGAUAAAUCUGCCGUCUCAGGCGCCAUUCGACUGCAGAUCAGCGUGGAGAUCAAAGGCGAAGAGAAGGUGGCUCCUUAUCACGUCCAGUACACCUGCCUUCACGAGAACCUCUUCCACCACCUGACGGACGUCCAAGGAAACGGCGUGGUGAAGGUCCCCGAUGCCAAAGGGGACGACGCCUGGAAGGUUUACUUUGAGGAGACCGGCCAGGAGAUUGUGGACGAGUUCGCCAUGCGCUACGGGAUCGAGUCCAUCUACCAAGCCAUGACGUGA